AUGCGUAGGCUGAGAACGGAUUUUGCAAAAUAUCAACAUACUACUUGUGGAAUUGUUAGCAUAUUGCGAACAAACAUUUCAUUAAUUUGUUCUGCUCUCACUCAGGGACCGGAAGAUUCUGUAAUCAGACUUACCAGGAAUUUAUGGCUAUAUUUUUGGAAUCUAAGAAAAACACCAAUGAGGAUACUAUGUUCACCGUGGCCUGUUCAUUUUGAUGUCCGUAAGCUACCUGAUAGUUCUGUGAAACCAAAAAAGACCACUCCUAAACGCAAUUCAGAUAUACCCACAAUAUUUAUUCCUUUAGUUUGGAUCAUAGCUCACACAAUUGGCAUUCGUUUAACAUAUGUUGGAUGUACAUGGAUUUUCAAUUCUCUUACUUGUGAGUCAGAUGUGAUUAUUUCAAACUUUCUCCUUAACGCGAUACUACUUGGAUCAUAUUUUAUCACAAUAUAA